GCUAGCACAAAGGAAUUAAUUUAACAUACACUCACUCACAAAGAUGAUAUUGCAUUGGACGUCGAAUAGGCAAACGGCGGAGGCCGGAACACCUUAGAGGACAUAACAGGAGAGUUCAAAAGCCAAGGAGAAAUCAUAUUGCUGUUGAGUACUGGUUCUCACAUCGAGUCAUAAACUCUUGGAACCGACCCCCAGAAGAAGUGGUGUCUGCAACCUCAACUGAUUCGUUCAAGAAGGGUUUGGACAACCACAGAAAUCUACUAGAAAAGGAUUAACAUAGGCUGCAAGCCUUCUAUCCUCAACCAAUAAAUCUGAAAUCUAUGGCACCGUCUGCGGACGCCUUUAAGCGAACUCUGGACAGUCAUGCAGCGACACAAGGACUACGUCCAAAUGGCCUAUCCCCUUAAAAUCCUACACAAAAUUCGGGGUAGAGAGCUAAAUUCGUCGUUUUACUCAUUUACAUUCUCUCCCGUCUUACACUCCUGACAAUUGUCAGAAUAAUCCGGACUACUACACGUACACAUUAUUAUUAUUACCGAUAUUAUAUACAUAUGUGUAUAUAUUUAUGUAUGUAUGUGCGUAUAUCAACUUAGAGUUUAAUCAGCUGUCUGUUUUUACGUUUUUUAUUUCUUUUUCUGUCUUUUAUUCCGAAUAACCUACCCUAAUUAUAUCUAUUAUUAUUAAUUACUAUUAUUAUCUGUCUUUUGACAACGAUACCGGAGGGCUAACUGGUGAAGGGAUCAACUCCAUUCACAAUAGUAACUAAGUCUUAACACACCGCAUACUACAAAAGACGUCAUUAAUCCCAAAUUGGCUUGUACUAGCUCGUGUAAACGAUAUUGGAUUGGAUAUAUGACAGGCAUGUAAAUUUCUGUGUGCCAGAUUACUCUAGCUAUGAUUUUCACUUUCCCAGGUUUCAUUACCAAAAAUGUACCGACCAAAUGUGAGCGUUUAGAUGAUGUGGGUUGGGCCAUUUUAGAUACAAAUUCCAGUCUUUGUAUUAAUCAGUGCAUAAAUCUUGUCUGUUGCCUACCUGUAUAAUUGCAAUGUCAAGUAUUUCGUAUAAUAUCUCUUGCAUCUUAAUAAUCAGUCAACAAGUUUGCAAGGAAUUUGAGGCCAUAUUGGGAAAGCCGAAUUUCAGCCGGUGCCACCAGCUUACUCAGUACGCGUCCGGUAUAGUGCAGGAAGUGUUGACUGGAUAGCGUUUUUGGUGGUAUCGUGGAAACGAUAAGCAGUGUAGUGGUGGUGAUACACAUCUGCAUACACUGGGUGGAUCUAUUCACUAAGCUUACAAGUAACGAGCUUAUCAUACGGUAACUGUGUACAUUGUUUAUUUAUACAGUUAGAAUUACUAAUUAAAAAGUCUUCAAAAUAGAAAAGUAAAACACAAGUCACUGUGAAGCCUUGCUUGUCAAUAAACAUCUCAAAUCUAUGAAGAAAGGGUCUAGCGUAUCGAAAACAAUUGAGGAAGCAAAAGUUAUGCUUGGCAAAGAUUCAACUCUUAUCAAUGUUGAUUCUGGGAGGACAUUACGACCUAGCACAAAGCAAGCAACAAAGACAUCGGCUAGCAAACGUAAACCUACCGCAUCACGUGUUUUGUCGAAAAAAAUGAAGAAAGUCGCUACUGGGUCAUCGACUGGCAGUGUUGCUCAUGCCACUUCAUAAUAAUUUAUUUGGAAGAAUAUAAUCAAUAAUAUAUACAUAUAUAUACUUUAUUUACCCCUAAUGAUCCUUCAAACGUAUCAUUUAUAAAUAUAAUUUCUCUGCGUAUAUACAAUAUCUUUUCAAGGCAGCAGUAUGUAGCAGUCAUUCACAUUGAUAUGAACAGUAUUCAUCAUAAUGUUAUCACCUUAAUUUAUCUCUUUCUUAUCUUAAUAUUCAUCUCCACAUAAUAUCAAUAAU